ACCCCUACUGUCACCAUACGGGACCGACCAUCCUCUAAAGUUAUCCAAUGGGUAAUAUCGUAACUUCGUAAUAACCAAUCUCCCCCGAUCAAAAAAAAACAGCAAACCAACGAAGGCGCGGUUCGUCUCUCGAUCCCGUCCUCUCAUGGCUGCUGCUGCUGCUGCUGCAGGGACUUCGUUUGAUUUCGAAUUCGAUUUCAAUUUCGAUUUCGAGCUCUUCACGUACACAUUUGAUCGAUUCAAUCUCUCAUAGGUCCCUGAUUUUGGCGGGGAAGAGUUUUUUCUGUAAUCGCGGGAAAUCUGUAAUUUUGGAUUCGAAGGUGCACCUUCUAAAUAAUUCGACAGCUGAGAAUUAAGCAUAUAUGUGCUGCAACUCCUCAACCUUGUCACGUGCCACUACGUGUGUAGUGUUUAUAAAUAAAACAGUGGACUUGCUUAAGCCAAGGGAAUGUCAUCAGCAGCACCUGGGAAGUCUGAUCGUUCUUCUGGUGGGCCAGAUAGGACUUCUUUAUACAGGUCCAACUUAGCUGCUGCUGCUGCACAUAUGGAAAGAUCUAGUAGCUUUCGCGAGACGGUUGAACAUCCUCCUGUCCCGAACACUACGUUGAGGAGGAGCACUUCACCGUUAGCGCAAACCACCGACGUAACGAAUUUCUUUCAGUGUCUGCGUUUUGAUCCGAAGGUGGUUGCCGCGGAUCACAAGUCUAUUCGUCACGGUGACUUUAAGCGUCAUGUGAGUAUGGCUCUUGGGGUUCAAGGAGAUGAAUCUCCUAGCACAACAACGCUGAAAGGGAAGUUAGUUCCGUCUCCUGUACCAGAAGAGAUCAAAAGACUCAAGGCUGGUCUACGCGAAAACAAUGUCAAGGCCAGGGAGCGUGUGAAAAUUUUCAACGAAGCGUCGUCUGUAUUUAACAAGUUUUUUCCUACUGUUCCUACAAAGAAGAGGUCUCGACCAGAAGGGUUUUCCAGUGACCGCUCUGGUUUAGGUAAAGGGGGAAUUCAAGGACAGUCUCUGCCUGGUUGUUUUGAGUUUGACCAGCAAAAGCUUGAAGAGGGACCUAAAAGUGGUGCAUUAAAUAAGCGGACACGUACUUCCAUGAUGGAUGUUCGGAGUAAUGCUGUUGUCCGACAAUCUGCUGCUGUAGAUAGGGAUAAAGACACAAUGAGACUAGCAAAUAAUCAUAAUGCAGUUCAGGGUGAAGAUCGAUAUUCAAUUGGCAUUGAUGGUUGGGAAAAGUCGAAAAUGAAGAAAAAACGAUCUGGCAUAAAAACAGAUGGUCCUUCUAGUUUGGCUUCAAAUAAAGCAGUUGAUGGUUACAGGGACUUGAAGCAGGGCAUACCAAAAUCAACUGGGGAUUCCAGGUUGAGAUUAAAUGGUGACUCGAACAUGUCAAGGCAUGGGACAGUAAACGGGGCUGCUCCAUAUGGAAGAUCUGAUAGCCUCUCUCGGCAGACAGGCUUGGCAGGGGGUUCCUUGCCCUCCAGGGAUUCAGAUCACAAUUCGUUGUACAAUGAGAAGAGAGAACGAGCUAUUGCUUCAGAUAAGGAAAGAGUGAAUCUCAGGGCUAUCAACAAGUCAAAUAUUCACGAUGAAUCCAAUUCUUCAAGCCCAAAAAUAAAUGUUACAGUUCGUGGUCCGAGAUCAGGAUCAGGGCUUCCUCCUAAACUUUCUCCGGUUGUCCAUAACACUCCUUCUCCAAGUGAUUGGGACAUUUCUGGUUGUACAAACAAACCUCCAUUGUUGUCUGGGGUUCCUAAUCGCAAGCGUAUGACAUCAAAUCGGUCUUCAUCACCACCUGUAACGCAAUGGGCCAGUCAAAGACCACAAAAGAUAUCCCGUGCUGCAAGGAGAACGAACUUGGUCCCAAUUGUUUCAAGCAAUGAAGACAUUCCUUCAUCAGAUAACAUGUCAGAUGUUGGUUGUAGUGAAACAGGUUUUGGAUUUCAAAGACGCUCGCCAGCAGCUUCUCCUCGAGUGAGAUUAAAAGGCGAGAAUAGCUUGUCUACAACAGCUUUAUCAGGAAGUGAAGAAUUUAGCCCCCCUGAGAUCAAAUCUAAAGACCAGGGAAAGCAAUCUGAUGAGGUCGAUGGGAAAGCUACUCUGAACGUUCGUAAGCUCUCCAUCACUGGUUUACAAUCGAGAAAGAACAAGCUUGUCCUUGGAGAAGGGCUUGGGGAUGGAGUGAGGAGACAAGGAAGGACAGGCCGUGGCUUUGGCUCAACAAGGUCUGUCAACCCAAUGGGAGUUAUGAGACAUGGAACAACAAAACAACUUCGCAGUGCAAGAAAUGACAAGAAUGAAAGCAGGGCAGGUCGUCCACCCACUAGGAAGCUCUCUGACCGCAAGGCUUACAAACGUCAGAGAAAUACAUCGGCAAACGCUACAACACUAGAUUUUCUUGAUGAUGGGCAUGAAGAGCUACUAGCUGCUGUUAACUCAGCUAUAAGCUUUGCUCAGAAUUUUCCUAGCUCUUUCUGGAAACAAAUGGAGCGCUACUUUUGCUUUAUAUCUGAUUCACAUAUCAAUUUCGUAAAACAACUGGGUGACUUCUCCUCCAUGGGUACUACACCAGUUGGGACAUCUUCAGACUUCGAUGGUCGUGAAAAUUUUGCCGAGGGACUUACAACCAGCAGAAUGGAUUCUAAAGCUUCGCCCCUUUAUCAGAGGUUGCUAUCAGCUCUGAUUUCAGAGGAGUCAGCCAGUGUAAAUGAAGAUUUACAAUUUGAUGGAUUUGGAGCCGAUGCUGAGUCAGAAUUCAGUGUCUUGAAUCAUAAGGAGUUCAAUGGUUAUAGAAGUGAUAGAUUGGAACUUGAUGAUCUAGAAGAUGAUGUGUCUGUUAUCCCGCUCAAGGGUGUUAACAGCUCACCCCACAAUGUCAAUGGAAGAUUUACAGAUCACUCAUCCAUCGACUUCUCAGACAUUCAAUAUGAAACUCUGGGGAUAGAUGAGAAGAUAUAUUUGGAAGCUCAAUCUAUUGGCAUUUGCUUGGAAACCAUGCCUAAUAUUUCAAACACGGAGGAUGAAGGAAUAGUCGAGGAGAUCAAAACGUUAGAGGAGGCUGUCUACGAGGUGGGUUCCAAGAAGAAAGAGAUGUUGAAUCGGUUACUAACGCCUGCCCUAGAGAUGAAAGAACGUCAGGAGAAUGAGUUUGAUCGGCUCGGUUACGAAAAACUCAUCGAAAUGGCAUAUGAAAAGAGCAAGGCAAGUCGGCGGCAUCACUCCGCUAGUGGAAAGAGUUCGGCUAACAAGAUAUCAAAGCAGGUCGCAUUUGCUUUCGUGAAACGGACGCUUGGAAGAUGUCGUCAAUUUGAAGAGAUAGGCAAAAGCUGCUUUAGUGAGUCUACAUUCAAGAACAUCCUCGUUGCUGGGUUGACACAAGUUGAAGAUAAUCCCACGGACAAGGAGGAAGAUAUUUUAUCAGCUUCAACACCGAUAGGAUCACAACCAAGCUCAUCAUUGGCACAGAACAGAGAGACUUCUGAACAUACUUUACGGGAAGGGAAAGAUGAAACGAUGUGGUCAAAUAGAACGAGGGAGAGAGAGUUGCUACUUGAUGAUGUGUGUGGGACACCAUUUUCAAGCAGUACAAAAGGGAAGAGAAGUGACAGGGACAGAGAUGGAAAAGGACAGGCGGCUUCAUCAUCGAGAGGUGGAGGAACUAACAAGAUCGGUUGGCCUGCACUGUCCAAUAACGCCAAGGGUGAACGGAAGUCGAAAACCAAACCUAGGCAGAAAGCAACUCCUAUGUUUUCUUCUCCUUCUGUCAGUAUCCCGGAGCAGAACAGAACAUCAUCGUCCAAACCAACUAAUAGCAACAACAGCGAGUAUAGUAACUUGGAGACACUGGACGAGACAGAGCCACUCGACCUAUCUGGCCUGCAGAUACCAGACGGUUUAGGUGGUCCAGAUGAUUUCGACGCACAAGCAGGAGAUCUAAGCUCAUGGUUGAACAUCGAUGACGAUGUGUUACAAGAUAAUGAUAUAGACCUCCUUGGACUUCAAAUACCCAUGGAUGAUCUUUCAGACUUAAAGAUGAUGGUAUAAAGCUCCCACCCUUAUGUCUUUAUUUCUGUACAGCCUCCUCUGUUAUACUAUUAGCGAAAAAGAAAGAUGAGUAAAAGGAAAUACAAGUUUUGGCUCCCAGAAAGAAUAACCACUCACCAUCAGUAUCAUCAUCAUCAUGUUUAGGGGCUCUUUCUUUCUGUUUCUUUAUAGGGUGAUUACUAGGGAUGGUGGUGAAACUGUUUUUGUUUAUUGGGUGAUGGGUGGUGUAUACUCCGGCGGUUAAGAUAGGUCAGUAGUUAAAAACGUCGGGAAAGAUAGUGAUAGUAAUGUUGUGUAGUGAUAUAUAGAUAAGUCUCAGGUUUUCUUUUUUCGCUUUUGUAACCUCAGAAUCAUUAUUGUUGCCUCUGUACAUACAUUUUAUGUUCCUUAAUAAAAUUCAGCUUCUAAUA